AUGAAUCGAAAAGGAAAGAUUCGACGUGGAAAUCCGCCAAAAAAACUUAAUGAAAAUGGCGUUGCACUUUUAGAAAAGAUCGUGGGAUGUGAUAAUCAAGACAUUUUAAAUGGAAAUAAUCAGCUGUCAAGGAACACAGUGAAAAGAAAUCUGUCUAAAGAAAUAGAGGAAGAAUCUGGUCGGGAAAGAAUAAACUACCAUUCAUGGAAAGAAAAAUGCCGCUCAAAGGAAGAUAACCUCGGUGAUGCUUUUGUUCCACCGAAAUGUGCGACACCAGCUGUUUCCAUCGCUGAGAAUGUCAAAGCGAAAUCGCCACAGAAAAGGAAAAAAAGCCUCGAUGAAGGGAAUUCAGUUAAGAAAAUUGCAAGUGGCUGCGAUGUUUCGGGCGCAAAUAAUUUAAACAUCAGUGGCAAUUUAAAGAGAGAAAACAAUUCAACUGUUGCUAGGCACUUGGCAUUUUUUAAUGGCACCAACACAUCUAGUAAUUUAAUGGAAGACGAAAACACUGACAGCGCAAUAUCCGAUGAAGAAAUUGAAGGUGCCAAUGUAUAUGGUAAACUUAACAGCAGGCAGAGAAGCCAGAAAAAACCCAGCCGUGGGAGUCAAGUAGAAAAUAUAGUUUCUCGGACUCCCACCCCUACUCAACAAAAAUAUAAGAAGGGUGAUAUUGUGCAGAUGGAGAACGGUGUUCGAAAAAAAUUCAAUGGAAAACAGUGGAGACGAUUAUGCUCCAGGGAAGGAUGCAACAAGGAGUCGCAGCGCCGAGGAUAUUGUUCACGGCACUUGUCAUUGAAAGGAAAGACGCUUACAAAAGGAGUUGGGAUUCCAGGACAAAAGAAGGGGAAAUUGCAUGGGGAAAAACUUACAUGGGAAUCUGGGAAUGAGAGUGAAGGAAGUGUAGAGGGAGAGGUUUCAAGCAAGGGAUCUGGUCAUCAUAACAUUGACCUCAAUGAUAAAGAAGCAGAGGCAGCCUUUUCACUUGUUUCUCUGAGUAAUUCAAGGUGUGCUACACCUGCAACGCCUUUGCCAAUUUCACCUGGUCAAUGCCCCUCACCCUCCCCGUACAGCUGUUAUGGCAAUACGCGCAGCACAACUCCGGGCCAGCAUCGGUCAGUUACUCCAGUAAGGACUUGGGUGGGUGCAACACCACGUUCGGGGCGGUCGUCAAGCGCUGAGCUUCUAUCACCUUUCCCAAAUGGAUUCUCAUUAUCAAAUGCGAUUAGUCCAGAUUCUGGUAUUAUCUGUCGAGAUGAGUCUGGAAGUCGCGCAAGUAAUACCUCUUCUCUGAUGUCACCCGUUCCUCUACUUUCUCCUAUCACCCCGACAAAAAGAACAUUCUCACCCAUAUCUCCUCCAGCUGGCUCAGCCUAUCGUUCAUUUUCUCCUAUACCUCGCACCCCUCCUGCAAUAUCAGGAAAGCGGACAUUUUGUCCUGUGUCACUCCCAGCACCUUCUGCCAUUACACCUCCUAGAGAUAAAACAGGCAGAGUCAUGUACUCACCGAUACCCACCCAACCUCUGCCGGUAACGUCAAACAGCACAUUUGUGCCAUUUUCACAAGAAUCGAAUAAAAAAUCCCAAGAUAAUGAAAAAACAGCUGAUGAAAGAAAUGAUGAAGAUCAACAAAUGGCUUCUAAUGCUGAUGCUGUUAAGGACAUUGUUGAGUCAAAAGAUGAUGAGAAGUUAAAAGCCGCAUGCACAGAGGUUAAAAAUACUCAGACUGAUCAGCACAAUGCUGAUUCAACUGAAAUAAUUACCAUGGCUCAGCUUCCACCAGUGCAAGUAAAUACCAUUCAGAUAGCUGUCUUCCCAUGGCAGUGUUUAGUCCCACAACUGAUCAAUGUUCCUGCAGGCAGUUUGACUCAAACAAGCACUAGUAACAUUUCAAACUCACAGCUGGAAGUACAAAAAAAUAUUUUAAAUCAGGCAAAUGGAUUGGAAAGUGGUGGAAAUUUGCUGCCACUAAAGACUGCCGAUGGAGAAGAUAAUUCAUCAGCAGGAGAAUUAAGGAAUGGAACUGGCAAUUCAAUAAUUACUGGGCCAAAUACAAGAAAAAGAGCUCGCUCUGUCUCUGUUAGUAGCGAUGGAAAGCCUGCUGCCAAAACAGUGGUAAGCAAUCUUGAAAUAAUAACCGUUUUCUAAAAAUAUAUAUGAUAAGUUCUAGAAAAUAUCCAUACUCUCUUUUUCUCUCUAAAGAAGGGGUUCCAAAAACCUAGGCUAGGUAUUGGGGGGUGGGGGGUGGGGUGCUUUCAACGAUUCAAAAAUUUAAAACAAUGUGUUACUAAUUAAACCUAAGUGGGAAAUCUUCCACAUGGAAGGGUAGGAUAUUUUCGGGAACUAUAGUUUGAUAUUGAAUAAGUCAAAAAGAAAUAAGCAGUUAAUUAAACCCCUGCUUAUUUGGGUAUGUUCUAAAAGAUUUCUUCCCCCUGCAAGUAACAGUCGGUCUUUGGACAUUGGCCGACCAAAAUUUGCAUAGUGUCUGACUAAAUCCCACCUGUGUUUAGACAUAAUAUCCGGAUAAUUUUUUUUUAUCAUAAAUCAUUUUAUGGUAAGGAAGACUAAGAAUCUUGACUACCUUGAGUAAAUCUUAGGACAUGUUAGGACCAUCUCAAAGUCACGAAACAGCAUAAGUGUAGUAUGUCCUCUGUUUUACCCGAUAUAAAGUUCAACCUUUUCUUGGUGAUGUCUGACCAAAAUUUUGUUUUGUCCGACCAAGAUGGUGUCUUUAGUCGGACAAUUUGUUAUGUCCUUUCAAGAGAGAAAAUCAUUUUCAGCCCUGCCGUUUACUUUGUACAGCCUGUAAAUUAGGUGUUGAUGACCACUGUAUAUAUGGGUUAUACAUGGGAUUAGGAUCUGCGCAGGUGGUUACAGGGGGGAGGGGGGUGGGGGUUGGUGAAAAUGGGUCAAUUUUCAAUCCCUGAUAACAUCUCGUAUGCAGUGGCACUUUGUAUAUAUGCUGAAUUCAAACCUUUGUAAGACAAACACCAAAGGGGUUAAAACCCAAACAUGCAUCACAGAGAUACCUCCCCCCCCCCUCCCUCACCCUCCAAUGGAAAUGAUCAGGAAAAAAAAGAAUUUCACUACUUUUUUUAGAAUCUCCAGAUUUUUACUUGUGAGUCUCCAUAUUUUCCUUUAUCAGGGGUUGGCAGGUCUUAAGGAUAUUAAUUAGGUCUUACUGGUUGGCAGUUUGAAGGUGCCUGGGUAUGUAAAUGCCACUCACAGGGAAAUUGUCAAGGUUAUGCAUUGCAUUCGCCUGCUGUUCGUGGCUCCACCGGCCUCCUAGGCACCUCCCCCCAUGCUCGUCUCUGUAGAUGAGUUUAAUUUAAUAUAUAUUUUUUGAGUUCAAUAUUUUUUUUUUCAGGCCACUGGGAAUCAGGCAAAACAAGAGAAAGAACACAUCCGCCGGCCAAUGAAUGCCUUUAUGAUCUUCAGCAAACGUCACCGAGCCCUUGUCCAUCAGAAACACCCCCACCAAGACAACAGAACAGUGAGCAAGAUACUUGGUGAAUGGUGGUACAACCUGAGCCCAAAAGACAAGCAGAAAUAUGUAGAUCUUGCAGCACAGGUGGGCCUCAUUGUUAAAUUUUAAAAAUUCCCUUAAAUGUGAACUUUUAUCAAAAUAUUCUAAUUAAAAUAUAUCAUCCUAUUUUUGUAAGUAAUUUUUGUAUAUUAAGUUUUAUUAUUCUUCUCUUUUCCUGUAUCCUAGUUUAUACUGUAGUUUAUUUUUUGUAAAAUCAUGUCAUCUUUUCUGUAAUGUUUUGUCUUGACUUUAACUAAUCUAGAAGGGAGCCUGGAUCCCAUAUAAGCCCCAGGCUUCCAGUUCAGGCUUCCUCGUCAUUGUUCCAAAGGAAUGUCCCCUUAAGCUUUUCUGUUGCACAAAUUAAAAUUGAGCUUGGGAUUUAAUACAUGCAAUUUUUCGCCCUUUGCCCUUCUCAGAGUGAUAUUUAAAAAGAGCUUCCUAUAGUAAUAGCUGUUAGUUUAUUUUACAUGUAAGGUGUGUAUAGUUUCCAUUGUAGAGGCCCCUGGCCCUAAGGGGGUGUAUGUAUGUCCCUCAUCUAAAUUUCAAAGACAGUCAUUUCGUGUUUUGAAGAGUGGGCCAUGUCUUUGUCUGUAUAGGCAAAUCUUUGUUGACACUUUUUGCUUCAUUAACAUAUGCAUAUCACUGUAUGAUGACACUAAUAGAAUAAAAACUCUGAAUAUUGAAAGGGCAUAAUCAGUUAUCUCUGAAAAUUUGAGCCCAAUACAGCAAAUGGUCUCGGAGAAAUUCUCUUCUAAAAACUCAAAAUUUUCCUUUUUCAACACACAGCAAAUUCGCAGUUUUUGAUAGCUGAUAUUUCCUUCAAUAUUGCUUGCAAAGAGCUGAAAAUUGCAUAAAUUGCUCAACUUAAUCAGCUCUUUCAACUUUUGCAUUUAUUUCAUACAUACCACCAUGGCUUCUAUGAGUUAAGUUGUAUGCUAAUGAGGACAAAUGUUAACAAUGACGUCAGCAAAGAUUCACCUAUUCAACCCAUGUUCAUGUCGUUUGUCACCAUUUCAUCUAGUACUCUUAUGUCGCUGUUUAAAGGCCACAUCACUUGUCACAGUUUUACCCCAAUAUGGUCUCAUUGUACCAGUAUUUUUUUUCUCAGGUCAAAGAGGAGCACUUCAGGACUUAUCCACACUGGAAGUGGUGCCAAAAAGACAGGAAAAAAUCCCCAAGAAAAGGUUCAGAUGUAACGGAGUCUGCUGAUUCAAUGAGUAUGUUGUCAUCUAUUUUUAAUGAUUCGACUAUAAGUUCAAAAUCAGAAAAAGUAAAAGUAAAAAGAAAAGUAAUUAUUACACCACGUAGACAUUUUGAUCCAGCUCUCCUGAGAGACCUCCUUGUAGAGGGCCUGCCAGGGUAAAUUCCAACAAGCGACAGCGCAUAAAAUGAAAUCGCCACAACAGACAACCUCCCCGGGCCAAAUUGCGACAGUGACGGCAAAGCCGACAAUAAGCGACAAGCAUUUAUCAACACCGACACGAGACGUUUUAAAAUUCAGACGGGAGACAUGGGACCCCCCCUGGCAGGGCCUCCCUGUACUCUCAAAGAGACUCGUAAGAGACCUCUUGUAAGAGACUUGUUAAGGCUCUGGUAAGAGACCUCUCUUUUGAUCCAGCACUGGUAAGAGACCUGUAAAUCUUUAGUAAUUAGCACUUUAGAUGGUUGCUUGUAGUACAUAACUUUGACUGUACUUAUGUAUAAUAAAGUAUCAACAUCUCUCAGAUGGUAGUUUUUAUUGCCACCAGGAGGUCUGUGACAGUAUAUAGCUAGGUACUGAUGUUGUCUGAGAUAUACAGAACUUAAUGGAAUCCUGAUUUUUCAAACCACCAUGGGGAAAGCAAAUUGGUGUGAAUUAUCAAGAGGUUUGAAAAAUUGGGGGUAAAAUUAUAGUGUUUGAGUGGUCAAGGGAAGUUAGAUUUGAAUUUUCAGGAGUUUUGAAAAAACCAAGGAUUUGAGAAUGCUGUAUUUUACUGUAUGUCAAAAAAUAUCACAGUGAUUUGUCAUACUAUAAUAGUAUUAAUCAUAACUAUAACAAAAUUUCCAAAUCUGAUUGGCUAUCAACUGUCCUGAUUUCAGCACUAAUAGGACAGUGUAAUAGGACAGCAUGCGUCAUGUCUAUGUAAUUGGACAGUACUCGCCAUCGCGUGCACACAUUCAAAUGCUAGCGAGAAAACUCUUGGAAUUUUUUGUUUUUUAUUUUCUAGAGGGCAAAAACAUCCCAAAAAUUAAUUUUGUUAUAGUUAUAGAUAGAACUUCGUUUUGUCCGAUUCUGUCUGUGAUCAUACUCGUGAUGGAACAAAUCGGACUCCCACUAUGUUGUCAUCCGAUUUUGUUAAUCAUCCAUAUGGUUGUUGGAUGAAAAAGUUAGAAAAGUCUAUCAAAAUCGCUUCUUAUUCAUACUCGUAUGAUUACAGACCCAAGUGGACUCCGCUCAGUCUUAUUACCAUUAAAACUGACCAGCUGGAUACAAGGAACCACAAAUCUCUUGACCAGGAGCCAGUUUGUUUUUCCGUUGGGAUGAAUUUCCACCUAAACCAACCUUCUUUUCUGUCUUUUGUCAUCAGGUGAUGGUAUUGAAUUUCACGCUGAUGUCACAGUGGGCAGUGAAGAGCAAGAGGUAUGUUUUUGUUGCUUUUUUGGUGUGAAUAGUCUACUGUGGUGACCAUAACACUAAACCAGUUAACGUAUAAACCACACUAAUUAUAGUUGUUUUGUUGUAUUAUGUGUGGUGAAAAUUCUUUUUUUUCUUAGCCUACAACAGUUUGAAAAUAUUUAAAUUUACAAGGAUUUGUAUGGAAAACCCAUCACCAUGACUGUGUGUUAAGAGUUGUUUUUCCUACACAAAUCCUUCUAAUUUUGUUGUAAUCCUUACUUUUGAGAUAAGUGGCUGAAAAUUUAUGUAUUAGCUACACUGUAAUUUUCAUAUACUGAUUCAGUUCCUGCUUAAUUCAUUUUUCCAAACAGAGUUGUUUUGUGUUUACAGAAAGUUGAUCACAUUGCCAACUAUUACAAAAGGCCUAUUGUUUGCAACAAAUUGUGUUUCAAAAAGUAGAUGAGUAGGGACCUUCCCUCAAAAGUUAUUCCUGUGGUUUGAUCCUCGUAAGUCACCAUCUCCUGCAGCUACUAAAUCUUUGAAUUUGGUGUGGUUGCUUACAGGAGGUUUCACUAAUAUUAAAUAGCCCUUUUUGAAGAUGUACGUAUGUUCUAUUCCUAGGGUGUCUUUGAUAAUGACGGCGAUGUAACCACAGAUGCAAAACCAAUGCUAAGAAGUAAACGCUCUCAGAGCACUCCUGCACACCAACAGGAAUCUUGUCUAAAGGAUGUGCCUCGGCCAUUUACACCACAGCCUUCGCCUCCAACACAACACUCACUCUUAGAACUUGCACAGGUAACUGAGCCAUUGACAAAGCUGAAAAUAAUUUUCUUCAAAUGUUUCUUCAGUUGAAAGGACACAAUGACCAGCCAAAGAAAUUUUUGCUCGGUCAAGUCUUGUUUCUGACCGGUCAAAAUAACGAAAAGAAGUAAUGACAGCCUGUGAACUUAAAACUUAACCAAAGAUAGCCUAAGAUGACUUACAGGUGAGGAUUUUUCUAUUCGUUCAAGAACAAGAGUGUGUGUGAUCGGUCAACAUGACCAGCAAGUGAAGUUUUUGGCCAGUCAAGUCACCAUUCUGGCCGGACAUUGUACGUUGACCAGACGUUAUUUUGAGCCCUGUAAUAAUAUUAUAUUCCAUCUUAUUUUUAGAUGUGUUCUGAGCUUGACAAUGGAGAAGUGUCCACUGUAACUGAUAGCAGACCAGUAUUAUCUGAGGAAAGACCCACCACAUCUGAACAAGACACUAAUGAUACGUUCAGUGAGUCAGAAGAUGACGAUAUUGGCUCAGAAGAGCUGAUGUGUAAUGAAAACAUUGACGUUAAUGACAAAGAGUCUGAUGACUCGGACGAUGAAGAACUUACGAACAGGGUGUUUCCACAGCAAAAAUUCUCCCCCGUUCCAUUUACAGUGAGACGGAGUCAAACGCCGGACAUUGGCAAGAUCAGAUACUCACCCAUUGCAUUCCCCCCAAAGAGGGCAGUAACUCCCAAUAUGUACGAGCAAAUGCUUGGCAAAGUCCAUUCUCGUGAACAGACAGACAGUACUUGCAGGCCACUCUCCAAAAUGGUAGAUUUUGGCUUCAGGGCACCCAAAGGUUUGCCCUUCUCGAGCAAAAGUAAUUCUAGUGACAAAGUUGACAGAGCAGUUUCAUUGAGUGGUCAGUUUGUCCGUCCAAAAUUGCCAACAACAAAGAGUAACUCUCCUGGGCUCACUGUAAGUGGCUACUUUCAGCCUACUGGAUCUGUCUUUAGACCAAGCCAGCCGUCAUCUAGUGGUACCACUUUGCAUUCUUCACCUGGUUCAGACAGUUCUUUGAAGACCGUGUUGAGCUCGUCAGCUUCGUCACAGUCGGCGCCAUUUUCCAGUUAUGUCACAAAACCUUUGCCUGGGGUCACUGUAGCUGCAAGAGGCAACCCGACAGAUUAUCCAGCGAUGGCAAUUCAAGUGAAUUCCAACAGUCCCUCAUACAAAGCGGGCAGCCCUGGACGGUCUGUAGUUAGCUCCAGCCAAUUCGGAGAAAGUACCCCAGUUUCAAGAUUCCCAUUUCAACACCAGAGUGUUGCAAGCACACCAUCAGGGCCACUUAAUACUGUUACAACCCCACAAGUGGCUAGUUCAGUUUCCACGGCCUCUGCCGUUGGUCAGCAGUCAUCAUGGUCUCCGGGUUCUAUGCCCGCGCCCUUGGCACCUCUAACAGUGUCUGUGGCCACUCAUAACAUUCCUCCAUUUCACCAGUCUGUAAAGGCUACUCCUGUUCUGUCACCAAGCACCAAAGGGAAGCAGCAGAAGCCUAUUGCGCCACUUCUGUCGCCCCCACCGAUGGCUGCAUCUCCCACCGGGGACAAAUCAGCUGGACGAGUGCUGCUCGCAAAGAAGCCUCCGCCUCUUUCAGGGUUAGUAAUGGGACAUUCAAAUGCAAAGCAAGGGCCCUUCUCACCUGGAGGUUUGGGGUAUUAUAACGUAAACCCUGCAUCACUUGGUGUACACCAGGGCAUUAUUCCUGCACCCUUGCAAAGCCCUGGAAAGCCAGUCAACCAAGGACCUUCAAUCAGACCACACCCUGUGUCACCAAAACCAACUACCCAGCCAGUUUCACCAAGAUUUGCUGCAUCUAACACCUCCCAGCUGUCCCCUAAAGGAGUGAAAAUAUUGGCAAAACCAUGUUAUCCAAACGACAACCAUGCUGCUCCAACUUCUUCGCCAAGAACUCUACCUUCCAGUGAUGGCGAUCACACAGGGACUAUUAAUACCAACAGACAGGCCAUGAAAGCCGAACAGAACCAGACUGUGGAUGCACAGACAACCCAGCUGUGUCUAGAGGAUAGUGCAUCUAAAGGUCAAGUGUACGUCAAACCUAUACUGAAAAGAUUCAUAGCUGACGGAAUGGAAGAGUAAGUGUUCGUUCUUAGAGUCUCUAGAGUUAAACUCAGGUUUCAGUUCUUUGGAAAAAUCCAGAAUAGUCUCUUAAUCUCAAAUUACCUGGAUUUGAUUUGAAGGUGAAAUAACAAAAAGUCCAAAUGAUUCUCCAGCGUGACAACAAUUUGGAUGGCGUCGUGUCUUCACAAGAAGCCGUGUGGCCAGAUGCUCUUUUUUGUGUCCUUAACCGAAUACCCGAAGUUAUCCUAUCUCAGUCUUAAAAGUUUUGACGAUAUAAAUCCACUCUUUAAAAUUUUCAAUCCAUUUACGGAUUCUAGUAGAGAAUUCAAGAAUCUGGAUUUGGGUUUUUCAAAGACUCUUUGAAAAAUCCAAAUCGAGAAGACACUAUAAAGAAUUCUUCAUUUAUGCACUUCUCUGCUAGUUGGUUAUUCAAAUGUGUCCACUUCUCUCGCCAAAGGUCACUCUUUAUCAACCUCGUUGCCAUGGUUCUCUCACAUCCGUGGGACGAGUCUACGAGUGAUUUGAUUUCCUGGCCUAACGUGAUUUUUUUGUAACCAUUCAGUUGAAAGCUUCUAAGAGGCACUUUUCCUGUGAUGCUGUUUAUCAUGCUUUUUCGACUCACUAAAUUAGGGUUAAGCAGUAGAGAAAACCCAUUACCGCUAUGGGACUGAAAUUAAGAUAACAAGAUUUGAUUGUUCAUUUUCUUAGGGUUCUAUCGAAGGUCAAUUUUGAGAGGCAGUUUGCUGAACUUCCUGAAUACUCUCCUCAGCAACGCCACGGCACACGGGAGAGCCAUAACAGAGGAUCCAUCAACAGGCGAGGUCCUGUAACAACGGGUGGACCACACCCAUCGGAUGGAAGUGGACAGACGUCUGAGAAUAGUUUAGGUUGUGAUGCUAGCCGUACGGUGGGAAUCAGAGCAAGUAGUAUGCCGAGUCUUGAAGCGCUGGCAGAAGUGGCCUCUUUGGAACAUGGCAAUGGACUGACAGAGGUCCUUAAAGAUGACAAAGGGGAUUCACGCCAGCAAGAACCAAGCAGUCCUACAAUGUCCGCUCACAAGAAGCCAAUAGAUCAGCGACGGGGAGUGGUGCUUCAGCUUUUCCAGGAACACGGGUAUUUCCCGUCUGAUGGCGUCACCUCAGUGUUUCAACAGCGCUUUUCAGAUCUGUUCCCGACGAAAGCAGCUUUGCAAUUGAAGAUUCGUGAAGUUAGACAGAAGAUUAUGCAUAAUGGCGGGGUUAACAAGUAAGACGCUUUUUUCGUAGUUAAAGAGCAUUCCAUUCACCAAGCUUGCAUUCAAUAUGGCCGGCUUGCAAUGGAAACCAUGGUAUUCAUGGAGUUUAUAUAAGAAAAAAGUACAGUUAUGUUUAAACGCUGUUAAAAGGAGCUAAGUCGUAGCAUAAAUAUCUUGAACAUUUAAAACGUUAUUUCGUCAAGUUUCUCCAUUGCAAACCAUUUUGACAUCGAUCGUCCAUCCUCAGCGAUUUACUCGUUUACAGGUUACUGUAAUGUCUUGGGUUGUUCUUUUCUACCCAAGUGAUGUUUUGAGAUUUCCUUCUGUGUCAAAGAAAGUUUUGAACGCUGCAAAAUAGCGAAAAAGCCCGCUGAAGUUAAAAUAAAUCGUGCCGAUAAAAUGUUACUAAAAUGUAAGUUUGUUCUUUAUUCCACUGCUCGACGAAAAGAUUCCGUUAAAGUGAAAGAAAAGCUCAGUUAAAAUCCGUUUGCAAGAAGGUUUUGCAAUGGUACUUGGCGGGAAACCUUCAAUUUGCUACACAUGUUUAGGUCGCGUGGCACAUUUCUAUGAUUUUUCUUAAAACUUGUUUCAGAUAACUUUUAUUCUAGUAACUGGAAGCGAGUAGAGUCGAAGUUCUCACAAUUUGCCAGUUGAGUGAUGAAAUUUAUCUUAUGUUAAAACUUUCUCUCAAGGGAGACAAGAAUGUUACUAAUCAUUUUGCUUCUUGUUGUCGAGAGUUUACUCUUCGACAUUCCUUUUGGGCGUGUAAAAUUUUUCUUUACAUGUAGAGAUAUGCGCUCAAAUUCUACAUUUUUCUUGAUAAUCUGACUUUAUUCGCGAUAACUAGAUCACGAAAUUUCCGAAAACCGAGGAUUUUCCAGAAGGUGAGGUAACGCGUGUUUCAUAGAUGUCCCAAAUACUCUUCGUGCCCGACAAUUUGGGUAAUUUUAAGGAACGCGCGCACGUUUACGAGUCAAGUUGCGCUGUAAUUUUUCCGGUCAUCGGUUCGUUCGGACCGAGAGUGGUCUGACAAAUACAACAGAGCUCUGGAAAAAAUAUUAGACGGCAUUGCAUUAUACAGCAGCGCAUUUUUGUAAAGUAGAAUAGAGGGGUGUUGGGAAUCUAAAAAUAAAAACAAACGUUGUUUAAGUCUUGAAAGAUAAUGGAGACCUUUAGUUUCGAGGACGACUACGAUGACGAGAUUUAACUAAGUUUUUUUGCGUAUUCUCAGAAAAAGGAUAUCCCGGAAAGGUUUAUUGAACUUAUGUUUACCAGAAAAGUUGGCGCGGUUAUUUUUGUAGAAGAGGUUAAGCCCGCCCUAUCCCAAAAUGAUGAAUAAUAACUUGUUUCCGCUCGUAGUGGAAUGACGAUGGCUAUCGCAUUUUCCCGCCAAAAUAUGACCCUGGGUCAAAAUCUCGUACUCGAAGUUGUACGAAAGGUCUCUAAUUAACUUGGAAAUAUCAGACUUUCAUCAAAGUGUUGCGUGAGGGUUUAUAGUGUAUAUAAGAGUUUCUUAACAGACUCUUUUAGAAACUCGAGUUUGCUUUUUGGUUUAUAAGCAGUAUUUAUAAAAAAAGGUAAUACUUAUGUUGUUUUGUUUUGUAAGUUAUUUGAAAAGAGCAACCCCGCCAUAUCGAUUCGUGUUUUAUCGCUGUCGUGGAGUUCAAUUCCGACGAUUAGGUCCGAGCGAGAGGCUUGAGAUGUCAUCGGAAAACUUCGGCAAAGUACGAGAUUGUGUCGGACGCGUUUCGAUGUGAGCGCGGCAGUUUAAUAGUAGUAGUGUACCUAUUUAUUGAGUUAACGUUCUGUAUAGUUGUAAGAUAGUGUUGAGAAGGGUAUAGAGUGAUUUUAUGGCAGCUGUAUAUAUCAUGGUUUAAGUCUUUUUAACGUUGAUAGUGUAGAGCUUAAGGAUAAUAUCCAUUUCAAACCUGAGUGGCAGUGAAAAAAAGCCGUAGGGGAAUUUAUUGAUACAGGUGUUUAAGGAGUUAUGCGUUUAAAACAAAUACUAGGGAGCUUAUGAAGACGCCGACAAUAGCAAAGACAACGUUAUAAAGACGACAAUAAAAAGGAGAACUCUCUACGUGCAUCACACGUUUUUGUACACGUUUUUUGUCGUCCAAAUGUAACGCAACUUAACCUAAUGUCAACUUUGUGUGACGUUCUAUACGCAACUUGCACAUCUCCCAUAAUGCACCUUAUUUG